CUCGGGAUGCGCUUGUCCCCCGCCGCAGGGAGUGCCCGGUGGAAAGCGGGUCAGGCUGUGCAGGGAGAGCGGGCGGAGGAGGUGCGCUCUCCCGCAGCCCUCCAGCCACAGGUCCGGCGCGCAGCGGCGCCGCACCGCUCCGUCAGCUCUGACCAAUCCUGGAGAGCCCGGUGACGAACUUCCUGCCGACUGUGUACACAGAUAUAUAUUUAUUUUUUGCUGUCAUGGAGGGUGGACUUUAAAAAAAAAAAAGAUAAACAAAUCGAACAUGAUCGCAGGAGUAAACAGAAGUCGAAGCCUCAUCGCGGGGGCUGGAGAGCGACCUGCGGCGUCUUGUGGCUUCCCGUAGCCGAAUCGCCGUCCGUGUUCACGCGUGGCGACUACUGAUAGUGUAUCUUUAGGUCGUUUUAUGAUGUUAUGAUUUCGCUCAAGGACAACCACAUCGAAUUCUCCAGGUGGGCUGGGGGGGGGUCUGGUUUCAGAGCACCGCGGACAACUCCAGCUAGACACCGUGUCAGUGUUUACUUGCGGGACGAUCUAUAACCCGGGUCUUUAAGCCUGCAGGUCCAGUCGAGUCGGCUUCCGCGGGGAUGCAAAGACGCAAGUCAGACCUGAAAACGCGACGCUAAAACCCGAGUCGGGGGUUCAGUUACAUUUUGCGUGGAAAAGACAAUACACAGCUCUCUUCCGGUGUCGGCGCUGCAGUCUCGUAGGAAGAAAACCCCGAUCAAAAGGAUUAUAUAUAUGGGAUCACAAGUCUCCUUGGCCGCGAUGAGCGUGAGAGCGGGGCGGGGCGGCGACGAGGUGCUGGUGUCUCAGGCCGUGUGGGACUACCUGUCGGCGGCGGGCCAGCCCUGGCUGGCGGAGUUUCAGAGCGGCCAUGGGCUGAGCGCGGGCGUGGUGCGGCGCGCCGAGAGGGGGGGCUGCUGCACGGUCAAGCUGAGGAGCCCGGGCGGGGAGGGGCCGGGCUCGGGGCCCGCCCCGGUCUCCCCGGCGGCCCGCCGGGCCUUCAUGGACCUGUGCCGCAGCGCCCGCAAGGAGAUGAACCGGAAGGAGGGGGCCCCCAAGAGGAAGCGCUCCCUGAUGCCCUGCCUCGGCGGCGGAGAGGCGGACGGCGAGGGCAGCCUGCUCCCGCCGCAGCCGCGACGCUCCCAGAGGCAGCAGCUGCGGUGCAGGAAAGCCGCGGACCUGGGAGGCGGCCUGUGCGCCCCGGCCCCGCCCCCCCGCGACCUGCUGCCCCGCAGGGAGGCGGAGCUCGGUGGGGGCGGGGCCGGGGGCGGGGCCGGGGGCGGGGCUCUGCCCACCGAGGUGGAGGACGGCGGCGUCUGCUCCAUCUGCAUGGGGGAGAUGGUGGAAAGGACCACUCUGGACCGGUGCGGCCACGCCUUCUGCCGGACCUGCCUGGACCGCGCCUUCCAGGUGAAGCGGGCCUGCCCCGUGUGCCGGCUGGUGUACGGCCAGCUGAUCGGCAACCAGCCGGCCAACGGAACCAUGACGGUGGAGAGGGAUCCCGACCUGGAGCUGCCCGGGCACGAGGGCUACGGCUGCAUCUUCAUCAUCUACAGCUUCCCCCCCGGCACGCAGGCGCAGGAGCACCUGAACCCAGGAGUGCGGUAUCCUGGGACGGACCGGGUGGCGUACCUGCCAGACAGUCCUGAGGGCAACCGGGUGCUGGGCCUGCUGAGACGGGCCUUCGAGCAGCGGCUGAUCUUCACCAUCGGCACCUCCAUGACCACGGGCAUGAGCAACGUCAUCACCUGGAACGACAUCCACCACAAGACCUCCGUAUGGGGCGGCCCGCGCUGCUUCGGGUAUCCCGAUCCCACCUACCUGGUGCGCGUGACGGAAGAGCUGCGGGAAAAGGGGAUCACGGCCGACUGAGGCAGGAGGAGGAGGAAGAAGCUGGGAUUCGGGAUGGGAUUGUCUGGACAAGGCUUGGGACCCUCAGAUGGGCUCCCGGAGAACUGUCCUGGCGCGAUCGGACAGCCCCCUUCCACGCCCACCUGUGUGCCGGUACAGUAGAGGUCAUGCAACACAGCGGACAAUUCCCGAUUCCGGGAUCUGGCUCGAGUCAUUACCUUGUGAUUGCGGAGAAGCCAGGGAGAGGAAUGAAAUCCGGCCUCGUUACUCGCUUUGGUUUGUCUUUACGCUUAUGUGCCGAAGAUUGGGGUUGGAGUUGGGGUUGAGGGCGGGGGGGGGGCGGGAAUUGGAAAGGUGAAUUUUUCCAUGCAGUUUGGAUCAGCAUUCCAUGCUUUUGCAAAGUUACAAUGAACUGUUGCACAGACAGCAGGCAGAGCAGAAAUUCGGCUUUUCACCUGCAGCACUGACAAGCACGCAGGCAGCAGCUGGGACUGGUGCUGGCUGUGUGAUGCAGACUGUUAGCGUUUCAUAAUCGGAUCCGGCCCCGGAUGUUCAGUAUUCUGAUCCACUCCAGGUUUUGCCAGUUGUGGGCACGUUCGGUGAGCUAAGACUAGACAUAUUUCAACAUCUUAUUUCGAUCUCAGAACUUUACUGGGAGUGCAUUGUUAUGGACAGAUGUGCCAUGAUAUCCAAAUGCGCUUUCCUGCUUCAAUAGAGCUCCACAGCUGGUAAAACCUGAAAUGGAUCUUUGACUGCUGCGCAGCCGGAAUCGGAUUGGCUUCCCCGCGAUCAUCAGCUCUUAUCCUCAUCCUGUGUGAGUUGCAGUCCUGUUUUCCUGUGCGUGUGGGUUUUUUCUAGUCCUUUGGGCAUUUGCAGGCCUGGGAACACCGAUCGGCCAAUCAGCGUGCUGCAUGGUGACGUCGCAUUUCCUGUAGCGCUGGCCUGUGGCUCUGAAGCUUUAAUCUCUUCAGGGGAACUUCAGGGCUUCUUGGGGGAGGGGUGGGCAGUGGGCAGUGGGCGGGGCAGCUGAUUCCGGUCAAAUGCUCAUCUUGUAUAACUUGUAUAACCCUCAUGGGGACUCGUCCCCCUCCAGUGACAAUCGGCUCCAAAAGCCUCUGUCUCCCAUCACUGCUUUUACCUCUCCUUUCAGAAAUAGCCAACGGAGUUGAUGAGAAAGUGUAGGGAAGCAGCCAGACCUGAGGGAGGGAGAGAGAGAGCUCUGCACGUCAGUGUGUUUCCAACUGCUAUUAGAAAUAUUUAAUACUUCAGAGCAGCGACAAAUGAGAGGAGACCGUGUGGCCAGUCGAGCUUGUUUUGUGAUCGGGCAGCGGGUGUUGUGGUGACAGGAGGCGUGUCUUUACACAAAGGGCUGUGGGAGAGUGGAGCACGCCGCCCGGCGGCGGUGUUGAGGCCGAUUCCCAGCUGGCUGAGCUCCAGGUAUCCGUUUGUUCUCACGAAUGACCGGGCCCAGAGGCGCUGAAUGGCCCCUCUCAUUUGUGAGCUCUCUUACCUAGUGGAUGUCAAAGCGGGGGCAGAGAAAGAUGCUGCUUAGAGAGAGUGCACUGUGUCUAGAUUACGCUGUUACAAAUAACCUGGUGACAGGCGUGGAUUGCAGAUAAUAGACGUGUUUAACUGAUGCCUUCAUCUCUGUAUUCUGGCAAUUCAUUCAAAUGUAGUAAUUCCUUUACCUUUACACAUUCAGGACUGGUGGCUGAUUUUAUUUUCAAAACGAAAACGUCUGUGACCAAGUCACAGGAGGGGACCUUUGACCCCCCCCCGGCCCAGACAGAAGCAACAGCAGCAGCCGUGCGCUGAUCCGCACACACGACCAGGAGGACUAGAACAGGAAGACUCUCAUCCUCCGGUGCUUGCUUGACCAGUCGCUGAGUGAAGGGUCACACUCACUAAACCUGUUGGGUCAUUUCAGGAAGAGCGCCUGUACCUGCAAGUACGCAAUGACAUUUCUCAAUAUUAAAAGGGGCCCUCCAGAACACAAAUAUGUAGAAAAAAGUGAAUCCCAUUAAAUCAUUUGGAGAGCCUGACAAGUAAAGAUGUUUAAUAUCAUUCCGACAGGCAUACAGUAUACGAGCCCUUUAAAUGUAUUCUAGUGUUUAAGAUACAUGUGUUUCAAUAUGUCAAUGAAUCUCUUGUUUUUAAAUGUUUAAAUAUUUUCAAGCUUUCUACGAUUAGAUCUCUCAUGGGAGAAUUAAAAAUAAGUAUGUCUCUCAACUCCUUAGCACUUUUGGCCUGAUAGCAAGAGCUUUGUGUGCCCGCAUGUAUGUGAAAAGCCAUUUUGAAAGACAGGUGCUGCCUGCUCUGGAGAGCUCCGAGGAGCAGGGCACAAUGGUGUUUUCCUGCCAGACAGUGGAAUCUGUUUGGCCAUCGGUUUAUUAGUAAGAAAUACAUUAUAAAAACUAUUGAAGAUCGGAAACCAGUAAGACAUUUGUUUAAAAAAAAAAGAACAAGGAGUUCCUCUGUUGUCUUGGCAGGGAAAUGUCAUGGUACCUUUCCUGGAAAACCGUCUCGGAGGCAAGAGCGACUGACAAAGUCGGAAUGGCAGUGACAGGAAGUGGAGGGGGGAAGGGAUUCGAUGUUACACCCCUCAAUGUGCGUCAGAUCAGCACAGCCUCCUCUUAUCUGUUAUCAGGGGCACCUUGUGAACAAAAUAGGGUAGAUUUGUAAUACAACCAAUUGAACAGGUUGUGCAGAAAGGUUAAGAGAGAACACAGAAAUGGCACAACCUCUUUAACACAAACAAGCAGCUGCAGAUCCAUUGGAUUCACUCACCUGUUUUACUCAUUGAAUGUAUCUGCUGUAUGUAUAUUUUUCUGAACUGAAAGGGUGGGAGAACUGCCUUUCAAAAAAAAAUGUCUAAAUUGUUUGAGAAUGUGGGGCAAACUAACUGUAAAAGAAAAAAAUGUUUUUUGUGUGUUUUAUACGGUAGUUGUUUUCUCUUGUGUGACGGGACCAAUAGAGCUAACCUGUAGAAGUCAGGCUCACGGCAAGAUUGACACAAAAAGAUACAUCAUCCUCAGCUCAAAUAUUUCUAUGCAGUACAAAAAAGAAAAAGUUUAAAAUAUUAUAAAAUUGCACAUUGAUUGUUCUUAAUUAAUAUUCUGCUUUUAUAGGUUGUGUUAAUUUCUAUUUUUGAUUGAGACUUCUUUGUUAAAAAAAACUAAAUUCUGUGCUUUACAUUUUCAUACUUGAAUAAAGGACUGCUGUUCUGGU